UUGUAUAUGAUAAUAAUGUUUCUUUGCUGGCAUGUCUUUAGAGAAUCAGAUUGGCAUGGCGCUGCCACAAAGAGCCAAGAUCUGCUUAUCUCCAGGCGGUGACUGUGGAGGUAAAAAUAUCCGCGAUAAGUAACAGGUACGCCAAUGCCAAUAAAGUCCAUCACUAGGCUGUAUUAGCCAGAAGAGAGGUAAAAAAGCAUCAAGUGCAGUCAAUUUGGAGUUUAGAUAAUCUACUUAUUAUGUGCCCCAGCGUCAGCUUCCGUAGCUGGAGACAUAGCUAGAAGACGGCUCCGUUUACUUCCGGCUACCACUACGAUUACGUCGUAGUCGUGUUCCGUGUGGCAAGCGCGCACCUACGCGCCAUUUGUGUGUGCGUUAGUGUUGGUGCUGGUGUGCGACCUCGCCAAUAAGCAGACGAGCCAACAAAAGUCUGGAACCACACCGCAAUCUGUGGAAAACAAUAACAUUGCUGGCAAGUUCUGAAAAGCAAAAAGCCGUUUGCUUCGAAACGAUUGCGGGGAAAGGUAAAUGUGACUACUGGAGCGGGGGCAGCACUAGAAGUCGACCACACAAAAACAACAUGUCGUCCACAUCAGAGCGGAAACGAUACCACAAGGACAACGCGCCCACCGACGACAUUCUGACGCUAAUCAAUCUGGUGCGUCAGAAUCCGGCACUCUACAACUACAAACUCCAGCCGAAUCAGCGGCGACGGUCGGACAUCUUGAGCGGAUGGCAGGAGGUGGCCCAAAAGAUUGGUGAUAAAUACACUGUGCCGGAGGUGAGACGAAAGUGGAAGAACCUUAGGGAUACAUACCAUCAGUAUCGGCUACGUACACCCAAGUGCAUAGAGGGGCGUCUCUCCAAGUGGCGGUAUGCCAAGGAGUUGGAUUUCCUAUCGACCGUGUACCAGCCGAAGCUGAAGUCGCAUCGCACCCAAAACAACUAUGAGGCGAGCAGUGCCACAAGCACAACGCUGCCCAUCGGUUCCAUGCUGCAUCUAAAGGACCAAGGCGACGACGACGACGAUGUGGACGAUGAUGGUCAGUCGGAUACGGGAAUGUCAUCGCAUCAUGAUGCCCAGAUCACAUUGGUUGGCGACGAGACGGAAACAUUCAUACUGACAGCCUAUGAGGAGGGCGUCUCGGACGACACAGUGUCCCAGCAUCAUGAGCACCAUCAUCACCAGCAUCAUCAUCACCAGCAGCAGCAUCAUCAUCACCAUCAUCAUCAGUCGCAGCACGAUGGCAGCAUUUCCAGCAUUGAACUGUCCCAGAUCGCCCACGAUGACGAUGUUGUCGACGAUGUGGACGACGACGAUGAUGUGGAUCACGAUGGCCAUGUGGUGGAUAUUGUCAAGCACGAGAUGGACGAAGAUGGGGCUACCGGCAACGAGGUAGACUACGAGGAGGUUUGCCUGUACGAGGAGGCCAGUGGGGCACAUGUCGAUUGCGAGAUGGGCGUCAGCGACGGCGUGGACGGCAGCAACGAUGUGACCCACAGCAAGAGCUUCCACUACAUUGAUGCCCAUGACUUUUGCAUAUCGGACAUUGAGCCGCAACCGCAUCAGCAAUCCGUGGUUGCUGUCCGAUCCCACCAUCAUCAUCAGUAUACAGGCAGCUGUGUGAAUGGGCCGCCCACCAAUAGCGUCCUCGGCGGCGGCACCGUUGUGUCCGACGGCAAGCUUAAGAAUCUCACGCUGGUCACCACCACAGCAGCAGCUACAGGCGGAUCGAGCCGGCACGAGCAGACCAUUUCCACACAGCAAAUCUCUUUGGUGGAUGUCACAGAGGCAACCAGCACGAGCGUAACCAUUUCCAGCACACCGGCGGUGUCGCUAAAUGCCGCAGCGGUCACCACCUCGCCGGCAGCGUCAUCGGCGCUGUGCAACACCACAUCGUUUACCACGCCCACAGCCACCAUUCUCCAGCUGCCGCCGCUCACGUGCGGGGGACCCGGUCUUGGCGGCGCUGGCGGGAACGGUGGUGGCGGCGGCGGUGGACCUGCAAAUGCGACUGGAAACGGACCCUGCCCACCGUUGGCCAUCAGUGCGGCCAGCAGCAGCACUCUGAUCAAGGAGGAGGAUCAGCAUGGCAAUGCCUAUCAUGUGGCCCAGGCGCUGGCCAAGCGAGACGAGUUGGAUCUGUUCUUUGAUUUCCUUAAGAAGAAGAUGCAGUGCUUCUCCAAGACCCAGGUGACGCACAUACAGAUGGAGUUCUUGAAUUGUGUGGGCCGCCAGGAGGCGGCCGAACAGGAUAUCAAAGACUAAGCAACCAGAUAGAUUACCACAUCCAACCCCCCCCCUCUUGCUAAUAGUUGUACUCCAGUAGUAGUUGCUUAGUUUUAAUCAUUGUGUAUAGGCUUAGGAUCGUACCGUUUACCAGUUUGCAAGUUUUUGCCAAAGCUCUGUGGAUCUACACAGGGUUCUAUCUAGUUUUUCUUCAUUUUAGCUUUAGAAAAUCCCACAAAAACAAACCCACAAACACACAUACUCUAUGUACCCCAAAUAUAUAUAUAUAC